AUGGUGAAAUCAUACCAGAGGUUUGAGCAAGGAAAAGUUUUUGGUGUUAUAUCCUCUAAUACAAAUUGUAUUUGGUUACCAUCCCAUGGUUCUAAAAAUUCACCAGGACAAAUCAUCACAGGUAGUCUUGAAAAUGUUAACCUAUGGGAAAUUAAAACAGGUGAAUUAUUGAAACAUCUAUCAGACGGUAUUCCUCCUGGUUCUAUUGAUGCCGAAACCUCUAAACCUCCGGAAUCCACGUAUUUGGAAUACCAUACUGAGACAAACCUACUGGCAGUAGGGUAUGCAAAUGGUGUUAUUAAAGUAUGGGAUAUGCAAACCCUAACAGUUUUAAUUAUUUUUAACAGUCAUACUUCUGCAAUUACAUAUCUGAAGUUUGAUCCCACGGGGACAACAUUGAUAUCUGGUUCACGUGAUUCUAACAUUAUUAUCUGGGAUCUUGUGGGUGAAGUUGGGCUUUGUAAGUUACGUUCACAUAAAGAUGCCAUAACAGGUAUCUGGUGUGAAGGCAAUGAGUGGUUACUGAGCACUUCUAAGGAUGGUUUGGUUAAAAUAUGGGAUUUGAAAACACAACAAUGCGUAGAAACCCAUAUGGCACACGCCGGUGAAUGUUGGUCCUUGGCGGUGAAGGACGAUUUAGUUAUCACAGCCAACUCUGAUUCCGAAUUGAAGAUAUGGGAAUUGGAUCUAGGACGUGAAAAUGGCAACAAGCUGUUGGAAAAGGGUACUUAUGAGAAGCAGAGUAAACAUCGUACGAAUUGUAUUAAAUUUAUUACAGUACCAGAUUCUACCUCUUUCUUUUAUGUCCAAAACUCAGAUAAAACUACUGAAAUAUUUAGAAUAAGGCCUGAAGCUGAGAUCUCCAAGGCUAUCAAGAAGAGAGUAAAGAGAUUGCAAGAAAAGGGUAUGACAGAGAUUGAAGUAGAAGAAACUAUAAGGUCUUCUCACCAGAAUAUCAUUAUGCAUCCUUUUAUUGUCCUUAGGUCUAUGUUUAAGAUAAAGGCGGCAGCAUGGGCACAUUGCACAUCCUCUAAGUUGGAAAUGGUCCUAACAACAUCGAACAAUACCAUAGAAUAUUAUUCAAUUCCAUACAAGAAACGAGAACCUACUGUUCCAGUAGGAACUAAACUCUACACAAUUGAUUUACAGGGACAUAGAACCGAUAUUAGAUCAAUUGAUAUUAGCGAUGAUAAUAAAAUGCUUCUUACAUCGUCAAAUGGUCUUAUGAAGGUUUGGAAUAUAAAGACGCAGCGCUGUAUCCGUACCUUUGAGUGUGGUUAUGCACUCUGCUGUAAGUUCUUGCCUGGUGGAACCUUUGCUGUUAUCGGAACCCGUGCGGGUGAACUACAAUUAUUUGAUUUAGCAUCUUCUACACUAGUACAAAACAUAGAAUCGGCGCAUUCUGCUGCGAUCUGGGGCCUCGACAUAACCAGCGAUGGUAAGAGAUUAGUUACUGGUUCUGCUGAUAAAUCUGUUAAGUUCUGGGAUUUUAACAUAGACCAAGUUUUGAUGGCAAAAGCAACAGAUAAAUACACUUCAACUUUGGAAUUAAUUCAUGACACUACACUAGAAUUGGGGGAAGAUAUCCUUUCAGUUAAAAUAUCCCCUGAAGACAAGUUCUUAGCUGUUGCCCUACUCGAUAAUACUGUGAAAGUUUUCUUUCUUGAUUCUAUGAAGUUUUUCUUAAGUUUAUAUGGGCAUAAGCUACCUGUGCUAUCCAUGGAUAUUUCAUAUGAUUCCAAGAUGAUAAUAACUUCAUCAGCUGAUAAAAACAUAAAGAUUUGGGGGCUGGAUUUCGGUGACUGUCAUAAAUCUCUGUUCGCGCAUCAAGACUCUAUUAUGAACGUUGUUUUUGUUCCAGGAACUCAUAACUUCUUCAGUUGUAGCAAAGAUGGGACAGUCAAGUACUGGGAUGGUGAAAAGUUUGAGUGUAUACAAAAUUUAGCAGCACAUCAAAGUGAAGUUUGGUCACUUGCAGCUUCUUCUAAUGGUCAAUUUUUUGUAUCUGCAUCUCAUGAUCGCAGUAUAAGAAUAUGGGAAGAAACAGAUGAUCAGGUUUUCUUGGAGGAAGAGAAGGAAAAGGAACUGAAUGAACAAUAUGAGCAAAACUUAUUGAAUUCCCUGGAAGAUGGAUCUGCAGAUGAUCAAUUUAACAAAGGUGAAGAGCAAGAUGUCUUAGAAUCGGCCGCAGUUCAUAAACAAACUAUUGAAUCACUGAAGGCUAGUGAGAAAUUGAUGGAAGCCUUAGAUUUAGGUAUAAAAGAGAUAGAAGCUCAUGAAGAAUACGAGAAGCAUAUAAAAAAAUGGAAAGCUAUCUCUGCAGAUCAGCCGCAAAAACCACAGGCUAAUGCCAUUCUUGUAGCUGUUAACAAGUCUCCAGCAGAGUAUGUUUUGGAUACUCUUACCAGGAUCAAACCAUCUCAAGUAGAAGACGCUUUGUUGGUUUUCCCUUUUACCUACGUCCUGAAAUUUUUGAAAUUUAUUGACGUCGCUAUCAAGGAUAAGAAUAUACUAAAUGACAAUUUAGCAUUGAUAUUCAAGAACUUCUUAUUUAUUAUAAAAGCUAACUAUAAGGAACUUUUAUCCCAGAAGAAUGAGUCAUUGAAACUACAAAUUAAUAAUGUGAAAGAUGAACUUAGAAAAGCUUUGCGAAACAAUGCAGAUGUCCUGGGAUUCAAUCUCCAGGGUCUGAAAUUUAUUAGUCAACAAUGGAACAUCAACCACAACUCCAAAUACAUCGAUGAAUAUGACCAACUAGAACAUGAAAAGAAGACUGCUAAAAAGAGAGUUUUCCAGGCGACUACAUAA